AUGUCGCCGCCCUUUGACAACUCCGACGAGACCGGCAACCAUGAUGCGGCCGCGAACGGACGCCCUGAUAUGGUGGAGGACGACCCGCUCCUUGGGACGUCUCCUUUAGCUCGAACCACCAGUCACUCCCUCGCAGGUUCAUAUCGAAGACCAAGCUUUUUUACCGUGGGAGCACGAGGGACUGUGGUGCCACAUGCCAUGGACCAUGACCGGUUGACCCAGCAGGAAUGGGAGGAAGCGGUUGAGGAAGAGAGGGAUUUGCUGAUCGACAACAAUGUGCUCCCAACGAGCGCUGUCUCUCAUAAACAACAGGGCCUACAGCGGAAGAUAAGCGGAUUGCUGUCCCAGACCCUUAGACAGUCGCACGGAGAGCCGCCGCAAGUAAGCAUGGCUCAUCCAACGGCGCUCCCGGUUGCUGCUGGCCCCAGUGAAACGACGGCUCUGUUAGGGCCACCCCUAGAAGGUGUCAAAACAUCAGACAGUGCCAGAAUCAUUGACAAGACUUGGGAGGAAGCCGUGGAAGCAGGCCUGAUUCACACAACAUGGCAGCGUGAAGCAAAAGUCCUCGUCAAGUAUACGGCGCCGUUGAUGGUUUCGUUCCUGCUCCAGUACUCUCUGACCGUGGCCAGUAUAUUCACCGUCGGCCAUUUGGGAAAAAUAGAACUUGGCGCUGUCAGUUUGGCUAGUAUGACAGCCAAUAUCUCCGGCUAUGCGAUAUACCAAGGCCUUGCAACCAGUCUGGACACCCUCUGUGCCCAGGCGUAUGGGUCUGGACGAAAAGACUUGGUAGGCCUGCAGAUGCAGAGAAUGAUAUGGUUCCUGUGGACUCUCACGAUCCCAAUUGGCAUUGUAUGGAUCUUUGCUGAUAAAAUCCUCAUGGCCAUUGUGCCAGAAAAACAAGUCGCCAUAUUGGCUGGACGAUACCUGAAGGUUGUCCUUUUGGGCGCUCCAGGUUACGCUUGUUUUGAGGCGGGCAAGCGGUUUGUUCAAGCGCAAGGCCUUUUCUCGGCACCGCUCUUUGUGCUUAUCAUCUGUGCGCCUCUCAAUGCUUUCAUGAACUGGCUCUUUGUUUGGCAUUUUGGAAUGGGCUUUACUGGCGCCCCUCUCGCUGUCGCUAUUACAGAUAAUCUUCUCCCGCUCCUCUUGUUCCUAUACGUCUAUUUCAUUGGUGGCAGAGAGUGCUGGAACGGGUUUACCCGUCGUGCGUUUGCCAACUGGGGACCCAUGAUUCGCCUCGCUCUACCGGGAUUUCUCAUGGUUGAGGCUGAAGUCCUCGCAUUUGAACUGCUCACACUCGCCUCCUCCUAUUUUGGCACCACUGUCCUUGCUGCUCAGUCGGUGCUUGCUACGAUCUCCAGUAUCAUGUUCCAAAUCCCCUUCCCAUUUUCUAUUGCGGCCAGCACGCGCAUUGCAAAUCUGAUCGGUGCGACUUUGACGGACUCGGCACGCGUCACCGCCAAGGUCAGUAUGGUAGGCGCUAUUAUCCUUGGAGUAAUCAACAUUACACUCUUAUCGUCUCUGCGGCAUUACAUUCCCUUUCUAUUUACCUCCGAUCCUGAUGUCGUCGCCGUCGUUGCGCAAGUGCUCCCUAUUUGCGCCUCAUUCCAGGUUUGUGACUCCUUCGCGACGAAUUGCAAUGGUAUUCUACGUGGUCUUGGCAGACAGUCCUUCGGUGGCUACGUCCAGCUAUUCUGCUAUUAUGUGGUUGCUUUGCCGAUCGGUUUUGGGACUGCCUUUGGUCUAGAAUGGCAUCUGUGGGGUCUAUGGGGCGGCGUUGCCAUCGGUUUACUUCUUGUCGGCUUGAUCGAGGGUGUAUAUCUGUCAAGAGUCGAUUGGGAACGGUCAGUUGAUGAUGCGAAAAAGCGAAAUGCUUUGGCUUAA